AUGUUGAAAAUAGUCCACAAUCUCCCACUCUUCUUUCAACCCUUUGAAGUCGGUAAUUUCCAUUACCUUGAGGUGAAAGAGCAAACAAGAGUUAAAUGGGUCAAAAGUUGUGUUUGUUCAGUAAGAUAUUCUGUUGUCAUCAAUGGAUCUUUGGAGGGUUAUUUUCAGGGCAAGAGAGGUUUGAGACAAGGUGAUUCUCUGUUUCCCUAUCUUUUCCUCUUUGUUAUGGAGGCAUUUACAGCUCUUCUUCAUUCUAGAGUGGAUAUGGGUCCUUUCAACUUUCAUCCUAAAUGCAGAAGUAUAGGCCUGACUCACUUGGUGUUUGCUGAUGAUCUAUUCAUCCUAUGUGGUGCCUCUCAAGACUCUUUUAGUCUUAUUAAUCAAUUGUUGACAGAUUUUCAUUCUUUUUCUGGUCUCAAACCUAACAUGCAAAAGAGCUCUAUUUUUUAUGCGGGGGUUUCUGAGACUGCUGCUGACUGCUUGAUUCUUAAGGAGAAAAUUUUGAAAAGGAUUCAGGGUUGGUCAAAUAGGCCGAUUUCAAAUGGAGGUAGAGCACAGCUGAUUCAGUCAGUGCUCUUUUCUGUGCAAGUCUACUGGAGCUCCAUAUUUGUUAUUCCUAGCAAAACCAUCAAAGAAAUUGAGAGUACUUUGAUGGCUUUCCUUUGGUCAGGUUCAGAGAUUAAGUCCUCUGCCGCUAAAGUCAAAUGUAAUCAUGUUUGCAACCCUAAGGAGGAGGGUGGUCUUGGCUUUAGGAGGAUAAAGGAAUGA